GCUGAGCAGAAGUUGCUAAAGUUCCUCUGUUGCUGUCGUUCGAUGAUCGUUACCGUAGACCAUAUGCAAUAAAUAAAGAUAGUAAAAGUGGAUGUAGCGAUAGUUGGCAAGUUCGAAAAGUAAAGGUUCAUAGUUCUAACUGUUCUGGAAAUAGGAAAGCACAGCGCAGCUUCUCGCACGAACGAAACCCACGUUGCGUUCAUUGCAUGUACUAAUCAGGGCAUAUAAACCACAACAUCAACAAAUGCAUGGAGGGCAUAACUUCUUUCGAUAUAAAAUCACUGAAGAAUGUGAAGACGAGCGUCAGGACGGCAGAUGGCCGCCACUUCGUCGAGACACGUGACUCAAAAGGAGAGCCACGCGUUGUAUCAUCGCCGCGUUUUGACGGCUCGAUGGGUUUCGUGCCUGACCUCAAACCAGAUCUUCAGGUGGGCGAAGUGAUUCCAGGACUUCACAUAGGUUCCCAGGAUGCAGCUGCCGAUUGGUGUCUGCUGCAGUCUCUCGCUGUGACACACGUCGUGAACGCGGUCGCCUCGACAGUGCCAAACUUCCACGAAGACCUCGGGCUGACUUACCUGGCUCUCGAACUGCUGGAUCUCCCAGACUUCACGCUGACUCGGGCCACCAUCGACACCGCGUGCGACUUCAUUGAUGGAGCGCUCUCUUCCGGCGGAUCCGUACUCGUGCAUUGCAACGCAGGCGUGUCCAGGUCGUGUGCCCUCGUGCUGGCCUUUCUGAUACUGCGACGUGGAAUGGAUCUUCACCAGGCCCUGGAGAAGACGCGCACGGCCAGGCCUGCCGUUCGCCCCAACGAAGGCUUCCUCAGGCAGUUGGCAGAGCUGCAGAAAAGCAUGCUUGCCGCGUCCCCGCCCCCAUCGUCCUGAUUGUCUCCACUAGGGCGGAAGUGGGAGAGAGAGAGGGGAAGUGACACGUGUGUGCUUAGUGCUUUCACUGGACUGUGUGUGUGCGCGCGUUUUGAAGGACAGGUUAGUUGAUACCAAAGUGGCUGCAAAUGCCUUGAAUGCUUAAUUGUGAAACAGUAAAGCAGUAAAACAGUAAAACAUUAAAAAGUUACAUGAAAAAGACAAAAGCUUUUAUAUUAUAUAUAAGAAGGAGCCAAAUAAAAUAAUAAGUCACUUUGAUCUAAUUUUGUUGUCUUAUAAAUCACA